AUGGCUGCGACAAUGACUCAAAUCGAAUGCAACACAAAUGGCGCCCCAUCACCACCGCCUCUACUAAAGCUAGGCUUACCAGCCGAAGACUGCACUUCCAAACCCACGAUGGACGAAUCGACCGCAGCAGCAGCAGUCUUUAAAAUCUCACCCGAGGAAGCCCUGCAACAACUGUGCGAUAAUGUCGAAAGACUAAACGCCUACUUCGCAUCGAGCACAACAACCACUGAUCCAAAUUCCUUCUGCUCAACUCCGAUCGGAAGUGAAACACCGGCGGAGGAGGAAGGUCUCGCUGUAAAAAGCGUCGGUAUACACUGCGGAGGAAACACAGAGGACCGUCGGGACCACCAUACCGAGCGAACAAAAGAAGAAUCCUUCCAAAUGGCCAUCCUUUCACGCAAAUUCCUCUCCAAAAAGAUCCCUCCCAUUUCACUGCUGGACUACCUACUCCGACUACACCGCUACUGCCCGAUGUCUACGGCCGUCUUUCUCGCCACUAGCCUCUACAUUACUCGCAUGACGCUGGUGGAGAAGAUGUUCCGCGUUACGCCGAAGAACAUGCACCGACUGGUAUUGGCGGGUCUUCUCGUUGCUAUCAAAGCCUUGGAAGAUUUGGGGUAUCCGCAUACGCGGAUUGCGAAGGUUGGUGGUGUUAGUAAUGUGGAGUUGUCGAAGUUGGAGAUUAGCUUUUGUUUCCUGGCGGACUUUGAUCUCAGGGUUAAUGCGCGGAUGUUGAUGAAUGAGAUGAAUGAGGUGAAUCUAGAGGGAGGAUUGGCGCCAACGUCAGUUGGCCCCGAAUAG